GAGAGGAGAGAGCUGCCACAAAUACCAUACCAGAUCAUCUCUCUCUCUCACUCUCCCCCUUUAUCAAAUAUCAUGGCGGAUAAGGGUCGACCAUUGCCCAAGUUUGGUGAAUGGGAUGUGAAUGACCCUGCGUCAGCUGAGGGGUUUACAGUUGUCUUCAACAAGGCUCGAAACGAGAAAAGGACAGGCGGGAAGGUCGAGUCGCAAGGGACAAAUGACCCUGCAUGCAAGCAGGAUGCUGGUUCUGGAAAGCCGCAAAAAAGAUGGUUUUGCUGUGCACGAGCUACUCGUGAAGAUUAAAGUAGAUGGCUUUUACGGCGUUAAGAACCGCCAAGAGAGAUGACAUUAUAUAUCUACACCAAGCCCUUACCUUUUUCGAAAUAAUCUAGAAGACUGGAGCCGCAUCGGAAGCUAUGAUAGGUCCUGCUGGAAUCGGCUGCUUAGAGGUAUGGUGA